GAAAACAUUGACGAGGGUGUUGACUUUCCUUGUGUCCAUUCUUUGCAAUGGCAUCAUCCCUUAGCACUUCUCAUCCUUAACCAUUAUCUGUCAAAAACUCACUGCAUCAAAACCUUCUAAUUCAAGUUGCAUGUUCUUCUACCUUAAGGAAGAAGUGAAGAACCAUGAGCCAACUUACACUAUUUAGCAGUGGAUUCGAGCUUGCAUCUUCUGUGACAAGCUCUGUCCUUCUUCACAGAUCAUGGAAUGUUAUCACGUCCCGUUAUGCCGGAAUCGUUACAAACGUGGGAGAGGGAGUAUCAUGGAAAGUUUAUAGAGAACCAGGUUCGGAUUUGACGAUUAUAGCCUUUGAGGUCAAGCUAGAUUUUUCUAAUCUUCAAGCGGGUUUGGUUUCAUCUAAUACUCUCAGGGAGAAUAAUUUCCAUCACUUUGAGUUUCUGUGUACCAAGAAAGAUCCAUUUUUUUCUGUUAACAAGACUGCAAUUUCACUCUUUUCUGAAAACUAUGAGAAGCUUGAUCAACUGAAAUCCGAGAUUAAUAGUUCAACUAAAUUGAUUGUUACUGGGCAUGGUCUUGGAGGAGCAGUUGCUUCUCUCUUUACUAUAUCGCUAUUAAAUAGCAUUGGUUCUGGAAAGAAUCGCCCACUCUGCAUCACCUUUGGUUCACCCCUUAUUGGUGACAAGAAAUUGCAACAAGCCAUAUCACGUAGUUCUAAUUGGAAUUCUUGCUUUCUACACGUUGUGUCACUCAAAGACCCACUUCCAACGCUCUUCAUUACAAACUAUAGUUCUUCACCUGCUGUAUUGACUCCUGAAACAAGUGGCUACAUGCCUUUUGGAACAUUUUUCUUGUGUUCUGAUGCAAACUCCACUUGUUUUGAGAACCCUGACUCUAUUUUGGAACUUCUCAUUGCAAUGGGCUCAAUCCACACUCAGAAUCAAGGAUUUCAGUCUUCUGAUUACGGAAAUAUAGUAGAAAAGCUCAAUGAUAAAGUAAUUUGCAAGUUCUUCAGUACAAGGGUUGAAAACAUGGCUCAUGCAGGUUCAGCACUUGAAAGUAGUAUUAGUUUACAGUUGCAAGCAUUAGCAUUGACACCGCAUUUGCAGCAGCAGAACAUUGAUACCAAUACUUUGGAAACAAAGAUUAAAAUACAAGAACAAAAAUUCAUUCUCCAUAGGAGGAUAAAAAAUUUUGAUCCAGCCAAAAAAUUGAAUGUAGUGAAGCUAUGUAUGUCCCAACUUGAAUGGUACAAGAAGGAAACAAAAAAUCAGCGAAUAGGAUACUAUGAUAGCUACAAGAAUAUGAACUCACCGUGGGAUUAUGAUGUUAUUCAGUUCCAUAAAAGACUCACAAAUUACUGGGAAAAGAUGGUUGAAGAAGUAGAGAUGAAGCCUCAGAAAGAAGGUGCAGCUUUUCGUACCCGCUGGCUCUAUGCUGGGACUAACUACAGGAGAAUGGUUGAACCCCUUGCUGUUGCUCAAUACUAUAGAGAAGGGGGUAUAGACUAUGUGACCCAAAAUAGGUCUAAACACUUUGUAAGGUUGGAGGAAUGGUUAAAUGAAGGGACAAAAAAAGCAACAAGUGAUUUAAGCAGUACAAGUAAGAAGAAUGUGGAAGCACUUUUAACUUUUGAUUCUUGCUUUUGGGCCCAUGUUGAAGAGGCUCUCCUUUCAUGCAAGGAGUUGAAGGUUGUUAGAGAGAAGGAAGAGACAUUGAAGAAAUUGGUUAUAUUUGAGGAGUACGUUUAUGGGUUGGUCAAGAACUAUGCAGUAUCACCAGAGAUUUUCUUGGCGCAAAGCAGCUACAUGUGUUGGUGGAAUGAGUAUAAAGCAAUUAAGGGAACUUUCUAUAACUCAGCACUCUCAAAUUUCAUGAGUGAUGCUAGGAAGCGUGAGCAGUAUGCUUUGGGAGUUUAUGAUUUCCCUUGAUGCAUGAUAAGUUGAUAACCAUUUUAUAUAUAAAGCAUGUCUUUCAGAAGUGUAAUAAAGUAGGAUUUCAUUGUGAAACUAAUUACUCAUGGAUUUGGAUGUUUUAUAGUUAGUAAAAUUUUGUUUCUAUUUGAA